UCAUCACCAUCUUGCCUCCAUCUCCCUCCCCUCCCAAGCCCGCACGCCUCCACGCAUCGAGCCUGGAGACGCGCUGCUUGCUUCUUGUCGGCGCCCCAUGCGAUUCUGACAUAUCCAUGCAUCGCUCUGCCAUCUCGUUUCUUCACUUGUAGUUACUACUAGCAUACGUGACCGCCUCUGCUGCUAACCUGCAGGAAUCUCCUAUCAUGGCCAACUAUCAGCCCGCGCCGCCGUUCUUCGGCCGCUCCUAUCCCAUGCCCCUCCCGCCGCCGCCAAACGUCACCCCGGCCAGCUUCCAAAACCAGCCGCCGCAGUCGCAGCAGCAGCCGCCGCCGCCGUCGCAGCAACCGCAGGCGCAGUCGGCGGCCGCCUUCCAGCAGAACGCGUCGCUGCCUCACCAAAUGGACUUUACUACCUUUUCCACCCUCUUCAACAACGGCACCCUCCCGCCGCCCGUCUUUCCCCCGCCGUUCGCAGGCCAGCCAGGCUUUCUUCCACCUCCGCCCAUUCCUUUUCCUGGCUUUCAGCCUCCGGCGCUUGGCUUCCCCGUGCCACCUCCCCAGGCCAUGUCUGUCCCUCAGCUUCCACCAACGCUGCCGGUCAAACCGGCUCCUCCCGCGCACAACAAUCGAGUCUCGGAACUGGUAGGCGACAAAGAGGAGGGUGAGCUGAGUGACGACGUCAGGCCGAAAGCCGCGACGGACUACACGGCUUCGAACGCAAUGCGCUCGGGUGUAGCUCGUCAAGGCGAGGCUCGCGAUCAGCAACUGGCGAGCGGCGACAGGUACCGUCCUGGGGCUGAAGCCGCCUCUCCUCGUGGUUACGGGUUGCGGAGCGAGAUUGGCAAGUAUGAUCGCGGUAGCCAUCGCGAUGAGUACAGGCCCGAAUCCUCGCAGAUGCAGAGACCUCGUGACGGGCGAUCACCUGUCUCUUCUUCGAGAGAGCUUCCGCACCGCAGCAGCAGAGGUUAUGAUACUUAUCGUCCCGAACAUGAUCGUGCAUAUAUAUCCCAGUACUCGAAAUCUUCGAACCAGCAACCGUCCGUGCAAUCUUCUUCUGCCAUUGCACAAGAUACUAAGCCUGAAGAAAGGAGCUCGCCAAACGGUGAGAAAUCCAUUCCGUUGGCAAAGCAGAGGGAGGAGUCGAUUGCUUUCGUCAAGGUCCUGAAAGAUCAGGGUUACGGUUUUGCAGACUUGGUCAAGGAGAAUCUUGACCCCAAGCUCCUCGGGGAGAUUUUCGUUCAUCUUUCAAAGAUCUCCCCCCGGUUAACACAAGCGCAGCCUGUUAACGCGUCUUCAAACGCUCCUCCCCCACAGGUAAACGCUCAUGCUGCGGCGCCUGUCGGUAACGCUGCAGGAAUAUCCUUGUCUACUUCUGUGAAGCCGGUACAAGCGACUGCCCCAGCUGUACGGUCAAGUUCGGGUGCCUCUCCGUUGCCUGCUGUGCCCGUGGCUGCCGCGCCAGUGCAAGACAGUACCUCGGCGAAGCUUACCCGCAAACCUACGGUAACUAUCCCUGCUACGAAGCCUGCAGUCACGCAAGUCACAUCCCCGCCUGUAGACCGUGCCGAGUACAUCAAGCGUUUGAUGGCGGCCAAGAGCGGCAAGGCAAGCUCGACGGCCCAGCCGCCAGCGCCACCUGCUGCUGUUCCAGAGAAGGCGCCUGUUGCGCCUCAGGUACAACCUACAAAGAAUGCUUCGAGCGCGCCAAAGCCCAACGCUCCUGCAGAGUCUGCUAAGGCUGUAGAUCCGGUCGAUCCGGGAGCUCUUGCUGCCCAAAAGAAAGCCGCUCAGAAUGAGCUCUUGCGCAAGAAGAUUGAGGCGCUCAAGCUUCCACGGCAAAAACCUGCGGUUGAGCAGCAAAAUGGAUCAGCCAAUCAAAGUACCGGCGCGCAGACACCUGCGACUAUCAACACAACUGAAACUGCUACUCCUCCCCACGAUGCAUCCAGCGCCCAUGCAGUCGAUACGAACGCAGUUUCAGUCGAUCAGAAAUCGCCGGCUGCUUUGCCUUCCGCCGUGCAUGCACAGUCGCCUAGAGGGAUACCUGGUUUGUUCAUGACGUCUACUGAGCCCCAGUCGCAAGCCUCGAACAAGCCUGCGCCGGCACCUGCCCCCGCAGCUCCUAUCAACCAGGGGCGUAAGCGGCCAGUGGCGGCGGAUUUUGAGGACAUGCAACGCGCCACCCCCUCGAUGUUCAAGCGUCCCUUCGGUCAAAGCAGAUAUGAGAACGAUCAUCAGGAUCUGAUCAUUGAAGUGAGUGACGAUGAGUCUGAAGGUAGCGACAUGGAUGUUGACGAUGAUCUUGAGGAGACGCAACCUGCUCCGGUGGCUGCAAAGUCAUCUGGUUACUCUCAGACUGCCGCCGCGCGCAACUUGCCGCCACUCACAGACUUCCCGUCGAGGCCCAAUUUCGGCCAGAAUGGCUCGACUCAAGCCACCACCCCUGCCGUUCAAACUCCAGGGACAGCAGAUGAUCUGAGACGGAAAGAGGAAGAGCUUGCUGCUUUGAAAAAGAAGUUGGCUGAGCGGCAACUUCAGCAAAAGGCCAAACUCCAAUCCAGCCGCGCUUCGACUCCUGUGAUGGCGAAGCAGUCAGCGCCGGCUUCCGCUCCGCAGAGUAUCGUCGCUACUCCGCCGUCAGCUACGUACCAAGCAAAUGAGAUGCCGAUUCUGUCACACGCAGACCAGCGCUCUGCGCAUACAGGUACAAGCCCUGCUGGUACGGCUGCGCCUGCCGCCAAGGAACGCAGCGUCUCUCUUGUAGGAGAUCGGAGCAGCGUGUCGCAAUCACCAGCCGAAUCUGAGUGGAGGCGGCGCAGACGAGCUGAACUUCAGUCUAGUAUCUUUGCCUCAGAAGCCGGGCUCAGUACCAAUUUGUCGAGACUCGAGCAGCUUAAGAGAGAAAUGGAGCAGAUUGAGGCAGAGAAUCGCAAGCGGCAGUUGGAGAAAGAACAGCUUAUCGAUGAGCUUGAGGGCCUUGGUAUUGACACGGAGGGGAUGCCGCACGAGGAGCUUCAAGCUAAGAAGAACGAGAUCAUGCAGCAGCAAGAGUCUGAAGCUGCCAAUCUCGAAGCUUCCAAAGGCCUCUCUCAGGAAAAUGCCGCCCCAGAAAGUCAAGAUCCCAUUACUGAUGCUUCGCGUCAAGACGUCGACAUGCUCCUACCUGCCGAGGCGAAACUUGACAAUGUUUCGCAGGUGCCUACACAGGAAGCAGUCGUCGCGGAUGGUGCCAAAAAUAUAUCCGAGGGCGAGGUGGAAGACGAAUCCGACACUACCGAUGCCGAGAUGGAGAUGUCCGACAGCGAAGCUGAAGACGAUUACGAGCCGAGUCCAGUUCAGCCGCUGGCUUCCGUUCCAGCGGUAGAGCCUGUGACUGGUGAGAGUGUCCGGCAGCUUUCCAAGACUGUCAACGCUGACCCAAAGCCUGCCCUUCCCGCGGAAUCGUCGGAGCAAGAAGACACCGAAGACUUCUAUUCCCCCGAGCCCUCUGGCGAAGCGGCGCAGAAGGCUCCGGGUGGCGAUGCUGCCGCUCAGGUCGCCAACGAUUCUCCGUACAGUUUCGGAGACAGCCAAGAGGAUGAUGACAUCACUGCCCGAGACGAGAACAUGGACACCCAAGAGCCACCGAAGCCUGCGCCUACCGACAUCGCUGAUGCCGAGUCCGACGUUGCUAUGGACGAGGACGAAGACGACUACGAGCCGUCGGACGCUAUCCCAGAGGCAGCGCAUGCUGCAUCUUCUGCGCCCACGAGCGAGUACCCCACGCCCCGGACUAAAUCUCCUGCCGAUCUUACCGGGCUGGAACCUGCUCAACUCACUGCAGACACUCAGGCCACCACAACCUCUGAGCCCACACCCGCCGUGUCUGCGUCAGCGUCAGAGGGGUUCUCCCGAUCACCUCCAACCCAAGUUGCUGUCGUAGCUGAUGACCUGGCUCCAGAGCUCCAGCCGCCAUCUUCUCAGGAAUUACAGCCGUCACAAACCGCACUCUUACCCAGUGAGCCGGCGAUCCCGUCGCGCUUUACCCCCUACGAAAGCCCACUCAAGCAGUUCAGGGCGUAUCGGUAUCAUCCAGAAUACUCCCGGAGCGUGCCCGGGGGGUUUCGGUCACUUACCUACAGCCACGAGAUCGAUCCCAUCAAGCCAGUCUGUCCUUACGAAUUAGCAGGGGGCAUUUGCAAUGACAAUGAGUGCGAUGGACAGCACUUCCGCGCCAUGGGACUAAGUGCUGACUCUAGGCGGCUUAACCAUGUAGAAGAUAAAGUGCUUGUGCAACUGGGGAUUGUAAACCCCGGGCGCACAGAGGAAGAACAAACAGAGUGGCGCGCUGGCCUCAAGCAAGUGCUCAAGCAGUUGCGUGAGCAGAACGUAAAAAACGCCGAGUCCGUCGCCUCCGCCAUCACCGAGUAUCGCCGCGAAUUCCUCAAGGACCCCAGUAGAGUGCUCAAUCUUUGA